AUGGACCGAACCUCCAACCCGACCAGCCCGACUGGCACCAGUCAGACUCCGCAACCCUCCCAGCACGAACCUAUCAACUUCGGUAUUGAUCAAAUCCUCAGCGGGACCGACCAAGACAGCUCCCAACAGAACACUUUACGAAACAAUCUUGAGUCUGGCACCACAACAAGUGGAGCUAGCUACCACUUGGGCAGUCCGAGCGGGGCUGGCGCGGCACCCUACACAACACUAUCGGGAUCUUUUCAUGGUAUUGCCUCCCCGUAUGAAGACACAAGUUCCUACGGAGUCAACCUGACCCUUGCGCCCGGUGGAGUGAUACGGGUCCCUGCGCAUAGGCCUCUGGCUGCGGCAGUUCCACCACCCAUGGCCAGCGCAGUGCCAGGACUGGGCAGCAUCAGCUUCCCUUGGAUGGAUACCAGCCAGAGGUUUGCCAAGGAACGUUUUGCAGCUGCCCUCACACCUUUCACAGUGGCACGGCGUAUAGGACACCCGUACCAGAACAGGACGCCACCGAAGCGGAAGAAGCCCAGGACGUCCUUCUCACGGGUGCAGAUCUGUGAGCUGGAGAAACGCUUCCACAGACAGAAGUACCUGGCCAGUGCAGAACGGGCCGCUCUCGCCAAAGCCCUGAAGAUGACCGACGCGCAGGUCAAGACCUGGUUCCAGAACAGAAGAACCAAGUGGAGACGACAGACGGCGGAGGAGCGGGAGGCGGAGCGACAGCAGGCCAAUCGGCUGAUGAUGCAGCUCCAGCACGAGGCCUUCCAGAAGUCCCUCAGCGACUCGAUUCCGGCCGACCCGCUCUGCAUCCACAACUCCUCCUUGUUCGCGCUCCAGAACCUGCAGCCGUGGGCCUCUGACGAUGGCAACAAGCUUGGAACCGUCACCGGCCUGGUAUGAGCAAAAAGGAACCCCAGGAAUUCCGAGAAGGCCACUGGGGAGUUUUCUGAGCAACAGAUGGACCAUUACGUCAAAUGGCUUGUGUUGCUAAAGGACCAACAGUUACCAUGCCAAACCUUUUAUUUUGACUGUUGAUCAAAUAAACUGGUUACUGAACAGCUGAAUGGGGCACUUUGGGGAACUGGAAUCCAAGACAGGAUCUUCAAAAGACUCCUCGCUCAUAGUGUUCAGUGAAUCAUGGAUGUAU